UGUGAUGGCCCACCUCCCACUUCCCAUUCUUCCCUUACAGUGCCUACAACCCCUGGUAUCACUAUCACUCCCUGCACCGCAGUCGAUGAUGGCGCCACCACAGAAACUGCCCUCUUUCCUGUGAAAAAUCUGUUUGUUUUAGCGACGCCGGCCUGCACUGCAGCCACAGUGCCACAUUGCGAUAGUCCCUCCUUGAUCUGAUCUAACCCUCUUCGAUUCCAAUACAGUCCAUCCCAUCCUCCUCUCCCAGUCCCACGCCGAAAGCACCAUCCUCCGACAGCGGCUCCUCGCCAUCGAGCAAAAAUACCAAACCCACAGCAAUGGACAAUCCCGGCGCCAAUGAAGCAGCCGGUCGAUUAGCAGAAGCAAUAGACGAUUUUCUGGGUGAUAUUGAAAAGAAAUUCAAGGGGAUAAGUGAUGAGAUAUUGACGAAAUUGGACGAUAUGGCCGAACGAUGCGAUCGAUUAGAACAGGAAAUGCUUUUACGGGAAGCUUCUUCAAUAGAUAAUACCGGGUCUGGAUCGACGGCAGGGAUGAAGGGAUCGAUUUCGGCGGCGGAUUGAAUAAGGGAUCGACAGCUGUGUGCUUUGUUAUUGUUUGUUCCCGCGAACACAUUGUAACAUAAGGUAUUCUAGCAUGCAUUGGGUCAUGGAGUUGGGAAAAGGCAAGACAAGAGCAGUCAAAUAUCAGCUCGAUUCUGUUAGGCUUAAGGUUUUCUUUUUUUGAUCCUGUCUCGGAACGCCUCCAGAUGUAUAUAUAUGACAGCGCCUGUUCACCUUAUCAGGUUGUCAUCAGCGUGUGUCGUUGGGCGCAGAUCCAAUCACUCAGACAGCCUUCAUGCCAUGAACAUGACACAAGGCCGAGAUCGUGGUGGAUUCCGAUGAAGCCCCUGGUUGUGGGAAUUUCAUUGCACCAACAA